AUGAAUGAUGAUUUAACAUUACAGGUGGAUGCACAAGUAAAUUUAUUACAAGAAAAAUUAAAAGAUCGAUUGAAACAGGCACAAGAUUUAAGUGACUUAAACAAUCAAGUUUUUGAAAAUUCUUUACAGUUAGAAGAAACAAGUUCUAACUUAAAAUCUACUUCUAUAAAAACUAAAUGGGUUUAUUUACUUGAUUAUUUAAAAUACAUAAGUAUUGGAAUUGCUAUAAUUGGAUUGUUGUUUUUAUUAGUUUAUAAGGCAUUUUCUGGUUAA